AGCGGGAGCCCUUUUUCGUAGGGCAUAGGCCUACAACGUCCAUGACAAGGAACAUUUCGAUCAAGCACUCUACUGCAUCACCACAACGCUGCAUCGAAAUGGGUAUAAGUCAAGCCAAAUCAAGAUGCAGACAAAAGAUCCACCACGGCCGAAGGGGCACCUAUUCCCAAAGCCAGCUAUUUUGGGCCAGUCUGCUACUCUCCCCGACCUAUCCAGCGCAUCCUCUACAAGCCCUGGAAUCUCGAGCGUGCAUGCCAAUGCUUGCAUAUUGACUGUGCCCUGGUGUGCACGUUGGGCAUACACUGAAGCGCUUCCGAAGGGCAAGUUCGUGAACCAAAUGAACAGCGACGACUUGGAAUGUAGACUACACCGCCAACUCAGAAGGUAUGACGUCAACACUGGAUCUGAAUAUUGGCAAAACUAUGUUUUGGCUUUGAACUUCACUGUAUCAGCAAGCCGCUAUUUAUCAUUUUGUCGUGAAAGUUUCAAUUCGUAAAAUGUUGUGGCAGGUAGUUUUCCUUGCUCUGGUGUUGGUUUCAUUGAUGGUUUUUGUGUCAGUGCGGAAAUCCAUCAGCAAGCGACAUGCACUGAAGAAGCUACCCUCUCCACCCGGGGCGCAUUGGCUGUAUGGGCACGACAGGCAGGGUCCCUUUGACCCAGGCUACAAAUGGCUGAUCGAUACCGUAACAGCCUUCCCCCGUAUCUACACCUUGUGGCUAGGACCAACGCCAUUGCCUAUGCUGGUCCAUCCCGAAACCAUCAAGCCGCUUUUGAUGGGUACAGUGAGCAACAAGAAAUCUGAAUUCUACGAGCUCUUUUUCGAUUGGGUAGGUGAGGGCCUGGGCACUGCCGAAGGCGCCAAAUGGAAGAGAAACCGGCGCCUCCUGACCCGCUCAUUUAACUUGGAUAUCCUUCGUACCUACACUCCUGUUUCUAACGACUGCGUGGAGGUUCUCCUCGAAAAGAUGAACCAGGCUGCAGUAGAGGGUCAACAAUUUGAAAUGUACAGUGGUCUUGUGCUGUGCACAUACGAUGUUAUUCUACGUACAGCCUGCUCUUAUAAAUCAAGUUGUCAGAUAAGGCAGAUUGAUCAGGAAAAUGGUUUUAAUGUCCUGUCGGCAUGUGAAGCCUUGUUGCAGUUUAUCCAACUGCGCCAGUACAGCAAUCGGCUUCUUCUCAUCCCGUGGAUCUUUCGGCUGAGUGCCAACUAUUCCGAGUACAGGAAUGCUUUCCAGUACCUCCGCAAGUUUGCCGGAAAACUGGUUGAGGAGCGAAAAAAAGAAUUAUCUGAAAAGGCUGACGCAGGUGACCCUAUAACCAAGCCCCGUGACUUCCUGGACACGCUCGUCAUGGCCAGAGACGAAGAGGGCAGCGGACUCACCGUAAAGGAGAUGGUAGACGAGGUCAACACUUUCCUUUUCGCCGGCCACGAGACCACGGCUACUUCUAUGACCUGGUUUCUCUACUUUCUUUCCAAGCAUCCUGAACACCAGACCAAAAUCAGGGAAGAAGUUGAAGAGAUACUUGCCGGAAGAGACUCCGAAAGAAUUACUGUAAAGGACCUCAGCCGACUCGAGUACAUGACCAUGGCCAUAAAGGAAUCUUUGCGAAUGAUGCCCGCUGGACCCUUGAUCAGUCGUACGCUGACAGCUCCUUACACCGUAGACGGCGUCACAAUCCCCCAGGGAACCAUGGUUGGAAUUUGUUUACAUCAACUCCACCACAACCCGACUGUCUGGGGCGACGACCACAUGGAGUACAAGCCUUCUCGCUUCCUGCCGGAAAAUGUCGCCAAGAUGGACCCUUUCUCGUACUCGCCUUUCUCUGCAGGGUCGAGGAACUGCAUUGGUCAACAGUUCGCCCUGAACGAGAUGAAGGUAUUCACGGCCAGAAUCCUGAAACGUUUCCGUCUAAAAUGGGUGGAAGGGGAACCAGACCUGAUGCCAAGUAUGACCUUUGUGUCAAAACCCAUGAAACCAUUGUAUAUCAAUUUGGAGGCAAUGCCCAAGGCAUCUUAAAUGCAGUGUACAAAAUCUAAAUGUAUAACACAGAUCAGGAACAUUUUUGGUGAAAUCUGAGUAUAAGAUGGUGAAAAAAUAGUGGGGAAAAACAUUUAGCCUCAUGAGCUUGUCAAAAGGGGGAUUGACAUUAAUAUCCAAUAUCUAAUGCAUUUUGCUCAGUAUGUCAGAUACGUCUGCAUGAGGUUAUCCGGAAGAUUUCGUUGGAAAAUGACAAACUCUCUCAAUUUUUUGAAAGCACGUGGAUGUUCGAAGCGCGGUUGAUUAUUACUAUCUCGCUUAUUAAUGUACCACCUUGAUUCUUUAGCAUUUGGGCUUUAGAACGAACAACUGUAAUGUAAGAGCGAAAAUAAAGAUAAAUGGGACAAACGGAUCUGAGGAUUUUCAGGGCGUGUCUGGGAUUCUAUUCCAUAUACUCAUUGGCAAAACAAUUUGUAGCGUUUGCUUACACCUUGUCGGGUAGAAACGCCUCCAGAAACUAUGGACUUUUAUCCACAGUAGUGCUGCCGAGCGGUAGGCCCUAAAGGUAAAACUACAACCCCUUUGUGUACACGUCCCAUAGCGAUUGUUUGAGGAGGGGAUGUGGAAGGAAUAUGAUGACAUUAUAGUUAUCAACAGAUAAGAGGAUUAUCGAUGGUAUUUUGUACAUGUUUAAAAGUUGAUAAGUUAGCGUUGAUUUAUGAUUGUCAUUUGGAUUGGCUUAUAUUACUAUUUUAUCAGGUCUACAAUACAAAACACAAAUUCACGAUGAGUUAGCACUGAAAACAACCUAAUAGUACAUGGUAGAGGAAAUCAUUUUUUGCUGCUCCAUUUUUAAAAUUAUUUUUUUGUUUCCACAAUAGCUUUCUUCACAAUUAAGUUGUCAGUGCCCUUAAUGUAGCGUCAUAGUACCGGUAUAAAAUAAAUUAUGCACAAGGAAUACUAUGAGAGUGUUCAUAACACUGCUGACUAGCGUAUAUUGUUUUCUUUUGUACAA